CCACGCUGCUGUAUCGGUCGCUUCCACCCACUGAGAUACACAUCCAACACGCCCGCUCUUCACGUCAGUCCGCAACGUCAGAUUGUGCGUGUUGCUCUGUAUCGGUGGGCGUAGGUUUGACCGGCUUUUCAGAGGCAGACACAAUGAGCCCUCGGAUGAUGUAAAGCAUGCAUGUGGGGCUGGAGGCACGGGCACGUUUUGGCAGUAUAGUUUUUUGCUUUUGUUUUAUAUAAUUUCGAGCACACAUAUCGACAAGACUUUGUGACGAUAUAGGGAUAGCUGGAAAAGUCGGUUCAACGAGUUCGUCUGACAUAACGAAGUCGAAAUCUCUGGCUCGUUCCCUUCGAAAACAAAACAACAUUUUACAAAGGACUUGCUAAAGUCAACGACAUAAAACAAGAAUGUCGAUGGUUGCGUAUUCAGAUUACUUAGCCGCCGAAUGUCUGAUGUCGAUCUCUAGCGGUCCCGUCCUACACCGACCCACCCCGGUUGUCCCCGCCGCCCAGCCCCCUCCCCAGGCCGUUCAUCCUGGGGAGCCCGAAGGGUCGAACGAGGACAGGGAGGUGCGCGAGACGCUGAGACUCGAAGGGGCCAACAUGAUGACGGUGGCCGGGAUCCUCACGGACCUCCACGGCAAGUUCCGGUCCAUGUCGGCCUACUCGGAGAGCAGCAACUCCUCAUGUGGGGAGAGCGGCUACACCACGUUGUCUGACUCAACUACCCCAACCAUGACCCCCUCUGCUACUCCAAUUCCUGGACAGUACAAUGCUACUCAACAGCAGUGGGGAGGAGGGACGCCUCGGUCCCCAGUAAAGCGACAUCAGUGCAUUUACGACGGCUGUGACCGAGUUUAUGGAAAAUCAUCUCAUCUGAAAGCCCAUAUCAGAACCCAUACAGGUGAACGUCCCUUUCCCUGUAUUUGGCCCGACUGCCAGAAAAAAUUUGCCCGUUCGGAUGAGCUGGCUCGCCACACGCGCACACACACAGGCGAGAAGCGCUUCCUGUGCCCGCUGUGCGACAAGCGCUUCAUGCGCAGCGACCACUUGAUCAAGCACGCCCGCCGCCACCCUGACUUCCAGCCUUCCAUGCUGGGCCGCAAGGCCUCGUCCCCUGGGGGACAGGGGGCGUCCAGCCUCGCCAUGGGCCAGUAGAGUGCAGGGGUCAGUGGGUUCACUCCCACGUCUAGGGCUGGGGUCAGCAAGGGUAACAGGGAGUGGUCCUAACCAAAGGUCCUAACCAAUCAGAUCCACUAGCCAGGCCUGUCUGUCACAACUCCCCACACAACAGUAUCUACGUGGGGGCACGUUCUCCACCCACCCCGACGGAUGAAGAUGACACCAGUCUCAACGCUCAACUAAUACUCAAAACCUUUAACUGAAAAACACUCACACAUGCAGGGAAUUCUCAAUGUCUUCACUCCUCAGUCUCAGCACACGCAUCAGCCAAAUGUUUUCCUUCCUUUCUCGGCUUAUUUUAGAGUGAUGGUGCUCCAUGCUUUUUUACUGUGGCUGUUUCCUUUCUUGCUAGCGCCAUUUUGUGAUAUUUAACUAGAGGCGUAGAGAGGCUGAGGUCAACUAAAAGUGUAGCAGCUUUGCUGAUCACAUGUCCUCAGUUUCAAGAGGUUGCACAUUCCAUGCAUUUUUGUCGUUGGAAAUUAGUUGGCUUAGUUAUAAAAAAAAAUGUUUUUGUAAUAUCGUAUAUACUGUAUUAUAAUUUUAAAUGCUGGUCAACUUACCUUUCAGUAAUGAUGAUGAAUGGUUUAAACCGCUGAAGACUAGCUGGUUACACACCAUCCUUAUUCAUUCUAGAUCAACUUUUCUUUUUACUAUCCAUGAAACCUUGACGAAUGAUGUUACGGAUGCAAAUGUAUAUAACCUUUAACCUUCUAUUGUAGAGAAUAUCGUGAACAAAUAUUAUAGGAAGUAAAUACUUGUGAUGAAUUGUAGUCCUUAUAUUAGGGGUGACAGACUACACACUUGGAUAGGAUAGCGCUGCCUGUGAGUAAGCGUGUGUCUCUAAUUACAUUUUGUUAGCGAAAGAGAAGACACUUUCUACCGUUUCCACUUGUCUGUCCAUCUAAAUGGACAUGAUUACUUUAUCUCAGUGAACAACACUUCAGGAAAUUCAGAAAGCCUUAAACUAUUUCAUACUUAUUAUUGCACCAUGUUUACAGUUUGAAUCAUUUCUACAGGUUUACGCCGACUCGUCGGCACAUUACAAAUACACAUAUGCAAUAUACCACUUUUAACCAGAGGUUGCUUUUAAUGCUACUUGGCUAAUUUGUGUGAUAGGUUUUCACUGUGUUAAUAUGCUUCUACAAUUGAACACUGUGGAAUUUGAUAAAGAUACAUGUGAUCUUAUUAUAACCAAUGGUUAGGUUAGUCAGACACAUUUGUCCAAGUGCUUCGGGAAAGUGCGAUAAAGGAUAGAUUGGGGUUAUUUUGUGUUUUUUUUCUUUGCUGAGCAUAAUGACUUGGUUCUAUGUAUGUGGCUUUUCUCAGACACUAUGCUCUCAGAGCCUUGUUAUAACUGUAAUUUCUUCCACAGAAAGAUUGAAUUGCGUGACUAUAAGGCACCUCUCUCGUCAUACAGUCCCUCCAAUAUUUUCCUUCUCUGUCUUUACUAACCAACUGACUUUAAUUGAUCAUUCUUGCUGCAUCAUUUGGUUACUGUUAGUUCCAUUGUAAUGGGAUGUACCUUUUUUCAACUUUUAUGUUGAAACGAUUUUGCCAUUUGUACGCUUUUUCACAAGUUCUUAUCUGUUUACAGCUCUUGGUAACUGCUGGCAGUUAUCGAAAACAAAAAUGGGCUGCUUCAAACCAAGCCACAAUAUGACGUAGUGAAAGUGUUUGCUAUGUUUUCAAAUGAAUUGAAAAUGUCUUCAUGGAUGUCAUCAUUUUCCAAAUGUAUUUGUUUAAUUUUCUGACAGCAAGUCUGCCUCGCGCCAAAUUUAUGAUUAUUUCACACAAAGGGUAACAAUUUACCUCGCAAUGUUUGUGUAAUACUUGUCUUCCCUUGGAAAGCAGUUGGACAAAAAGGGACUCCAUUAAGAAACUCACCUUUUCUCAUGAAACGCUUCUAAACACAAUCAAGCCUUAGGUUUGACCUUCCUGUGUUCUUCAAGUGAACACUACACUCUGCCAGGGAAACAAACAUCUCUUUAGUUGUCUUGUCUAUAUUCUGAUGUAUGCUACGUGUACAGAGUUUUGACUGUGCUUAACACUUUUUCCAUAGUAUAUUACUUACCUGUGGUGUUCAAUAGUGCUGAUCAUUACAUUUACAUUUAAGUCAUUUAGCAGACGCUCUUAUCCAGAGCGACUUACAAAUUGGUGCAUUCACCUUAUGACAUCCAGUGGAACAGUCACUUUACAAUAGUGCAUCUAAAUCUUAAAGGGGGGGAGAAGGAUUACUUUAUCCUAUCCUAGGAUCAUCAAUUUUUGCAUCUCACACG